UUUUUAAUUUUCUAUCAUAACAUGAGUCAUAGUCAUAGCAUGUCAACCAGCAGCAGCAGUAGUAGUAGUAGCAUGUCCAUGUCAAUGGGUAUGGGCACCUUUCAUUGGAGUUCUUCUGGUGAUGGUAUCUUACUCAGUGGUUGGGUGCCUCAAUCUGAACCUGCUUAUAUCGGUGCUUGUUUUGGCCUUUUCUUUUUCUCUAUUCUCUCUCGAAGUCUACCAGCUUUAGAGGCUUAUUUCGUGACUUGGCGGGCCAUGCGUCACGAAGCUAUUUUACUCAAUUCCAAUGCAACAUCACCGGAACCAAAUGUAGAUCGACUUGCUAAAGUACUAAAAGAUUCUUCUUCUUCGUCCAGAUCAUUCAAUCCAGCAGCUUAUCCUGAACCUCUUGGACUUCCCUCUGUACCUCCCUUCUCAUGGACAACAGAUACCAUUCGAAGUUUCAUGAGCACACUUACUUCCUUUGUGAGUUAUUUACUUAUGAUGGUUGUCAUGACAGGCAAUGGCGGUUACUUUAUUGUUAUUAUUGCCGGUGUCUUUUUUGGUGAAUUGGCAUUUGGCCGAUUUAAAUACUUGACAGGCGGUGUUGCGAUGGACCAUUCUCAUUAAUUCUUUUACCUAUAUAUACCUUACAUUCAUUAUAAUAAACAAGACUAUUCAGAACAAAGAAGCAUAUCUCAAAAAGAUGGUUGUGUUUAUAAGGCGAGUUAUGCAUUUACUUUUGUUUUCCAAAAAAAAAAAGUUUCAUGUAAUUAGAAAGAACGGCUACCUUAUUUAGAAUAAAUGGUCUCAAGUUGUCUUCGUCUUCGG